AGCGGACAACCUCGACCCAGCCCACCCCGAGCCGCGUGGGAGCGGAGGGGAAGGGACCCUGCCAGGUCUCCGUAGAUCCACAGUGUCUCUCCGUGGAUGUUCGGAGCUACUGCAAACAAGACUCUGCCGAUUUUGGAGGAGGAGGAACUCAGAGGGCAGUUCCAGACGGCCGGGGAAUAGCGGGAGUGGGCUGGAGACGCCUCCGCUGCUCCUCCCGGUCCCUCAUCCCGCACAUCCCAGCACCCAGAGCCCGGAGCCACCAUCCAGCCGGGGAUGUGGGAGCCUUCCUGACACCGGCCACUCCACAGAGCCCUUUUUCCUUACGUUGCAGAGGGAUUUGGGGACGAAGUUUUAAUGACCUAAUUUUCCAGCAUCUGAAUAUCCUGAGGGGCCGCUGAGAUGUUUGGACAAGCCUUGUUUCCCACUCUCCUUUUUGUGGCUCUAGUUCCUUUUCACGCCGCUCAGCUUGAUGUGGAUGUUGGAGGUGUCAGUCCUACCUCCUGUGCAGAAAAAAGGAACUGCCCCAUCAAUGUCUACUUCAUCAUUGACACCUCGGAGAGCGUGGCUCUGCAGACUGUGCCCAUCCAGAGCCUCGUGGACCAAAUAAAGCGGUUCAUCCCCAUGUUCAUCGAUAAACUGGAGAGCGAACUCUACCAGAACCAAGUCUACAUCACCUGGCAGUUUGGUGGGCUCCAUUACUCAGAUGUGGUAGAAAUUUACAGCCCUUUGACAAGCAGCAAAGACAUUUACCUGCCCAGGCUGUCUGCCAUCAAUUACCUGGGCCGGGGCACCUUCACAGACUGUGCGAUCUCCAAUAUGACCCAGCAGAUCCAGACCCAGAUGGCCAAUGGCAUCAACUUUGCAGUGGUCAUCACUGAUGGCCAUGUAACGGGCAGCCCCUGUGGGGGGAUGAAGAUGCAGGCCGAGAGGGCACGAGACAUGGGCAUCAAGCUGUUCGCGGUGGCCCCCAGUGAGAAGGUGUACGAGCAGGGUCUGCGGGAGAUCGCCAACCUGCCACACGAGCUGUACCGCAACAACUAUGCCAUCACCCAGAGGGACACCCUGGAGAUCGAUGUCAACACCAUAGACAGGAUCAUCCAGGCUAUGAAACACGAAGCCUAUGGCGAGUGCUACAAGAUGAGCUGCCUGGAGAUUGCAGGGCCACCUGGUCCCAAGGGAUACCGAGGGCAGAAGGGUGCAAAGGGGAACAUGGGUGAGCCAGGUUCCCCUGGGCUGAAGGGACGACAGGGCGACCCAGGUAUUGAAGGUCCAAUUGGAUACCCUGGUCCCAAGGGUGUCCCAGGACUGAAAGGAGAGAAGGGAGAAAUUGGAUCUGACGGACGACGGGGUGCCCCUGGCUUGGCAGGAAGGAAUGGCACAGAUGGACAGAAGGGCAGGCUGGGGAGAAUUGGACCACCAGGAUGCAAGGGUGACCCUGGUGACAAGGGCCCUGAUGGCUACCCGGGAGAUGCGGGAGACCAAGGAGAAAGAGGAGAUGCAGGCAUAAAGGGGGAUCCUGGCCGGCCUGGUCGCAGUGGACCCCUGGGGCCCCCAGGAGAAAAAGGAAGCCCGGGACUUCCAGGCAACCCUGGAGCUCAAGGGCCUGCUGGAACCAAGGGAAGGAAAGGUGAAGUGGGACCUCCUGGACCCAAAGGAGAGGCUGGGCGACGUGGAGAUCCAGGGACGAAAGGCAGCAAAGGCUCUCCUGGAGGCCUAGGAGAAAGGGGAGAUCCUGGUCCAGAGGGUACUCGUGGUCUGCCCGGUGAGGUUGGAAACAAAGGAGCCAGGGGAGAACAAGGACUAGCAGGACCCCGAGGCCCUUCGGGGGCUGUGGGAGAGCCAGGCAGGAUAGGAUCACGUGGAGACCCUGGUGACUUGGGCCCAAGAGGUGAUGCUGGACCGCCAGGACCAAAGGGUGACAGAGGCAGGCCUGGCUUUAGCUACCCUGGACCCAGAGGACCUCAGGGUGACAAGGGUGAGAAGGGGCAGCCAGGACCCAAGGGAGGAAGAGGUGAGCUUGGACCAAAAGGAGUACAAGGGACCAAAGGAGAGAAGGGGGAGCCGGGUGAUCCUGGCCCAGGAGGAGAGCCUGGACUGCGUGGUCCACCUGGUGAAGCAGGCCCUGAGGGGACCCCUGGCCCACGAGGAGAUCCUGGUCUGACUGACUGCGAUGUGAUGACCUACGUGCGAGAGACGUGCGGAUGCUGUGACUGUGAGAAGCGCUGCGGUGCCCUGGACAUCAUGUUCGUUAUAGACAGCUCUGAGAGUAUUGGCUACACCAACUUCACCCUGGAGAAGAAUUUUGUCAUCAACGUGGUCAGCAGGCUGGGCUCUAUUGCCAAGGACCCCAAGUCACAGACAGGUGCCCGUGUUGGGGUGGUACAGUACAGUCAUGAAGGGACUUUUGAAGCUAUCAAGCUUGAUGAUGAGCGCAUUGACUCCCUGUCGAGCUUCAAGGAAGCAGUGAAGCGCCUGGAGUGGAUUGCUGGAGGCACCUGGACACCAUCUGCCCUUCAAUUUGCCUACAACAAGCUCAUCAAGGAAAGCAGGAGAGAGAAAGCCCAAGUGUUCGCUGUGGUGAUCACAGAUGGGCGCUACGAUCCCCGGGAUGACGACAAGAACCUCGGGGCUCUUUGUGGUAGAGAUGUGGUGGUCAACACCAUCGGCAUAGGAGACAUGUUUGACCAGCCAGAGCAGAGUGAGACCCUGGUCUCCAUUGCCUGCAAUGAACCCCAGAGAGUCCAGAAGAUGAGGCUCUUCUCAGACCUAGUGGCAGAGGAGUUCAUUGACAAGAUGGAAGAUGUGCUCUGCCCAGAUCCACAGGUCGUCUGCCCCGAGCUGCCCUGCCAGACAGAGCUUGCUGUAGCCCACUGCACCCAGCGCCCUGUUGACGUUGUCUUCUUGCUGGAUGGCUCGGAAAGGAUUGGAGAGCAGAACUUCCAGAGUGCCCACCACUUCGUGGAGGAUGUGUCCCGGCAGCUGACGCUGGCCCGGAGCAGCAGCGAUCACAUGAAUGCCCGGAUUGCGCUGCUGCAAUACGGCAGUGAGCAGGACCAGAACGUGGUCUUCCCGCUGACCCACAACCUCACCGAGAUCUCCGACGCCCUGGCACAGAUCAAGUACCUGGACUCGUCCUCCAACAUCGGGUCAGCCAUCAUCCACGCCAUCAACAACAUCGUGCUCAGCCCAGGCAACGGGCAGCGACUUGCCCGGCGCAAUGCCGAGCUCUCCUUCGUCUUCAUCACUGACGGCAUCACAGGAAGCAAGAACCUGGAGGAGGCCAUCAACUCCAUGAAGAAGCAAGAUGUCAUGCCCACGGUGCUGGCUCUGGGGAGCGAUGUGGACAUGGAUGUCCUGCUGAAGCUUGGCCUGGGGGACCGGGCAGCCAUCUUCCGGGAGAAGGACUAUGACAGCCUCUCCCAGCCCAGCUUCUUUGACAGGUUCAUUCGGUGGAUUUGUUAAAAGAAGUGCACACGCACAAUCCUUCUCUCACUGAUAAACAUACACGUGAUAUUACCUGUUGUAUUUUCUUCCCCCUGUAUGGUUGCUAGCCGUGAAGACUGGCCCUCUAGGUCCUCCUUUCUAACCAAAAUCCAGAGCUCUUUAUUGAUUUCCAUGAUGAAGAGUCAUGUGUCUUACAUUUAUGGUGCUAAUUAAAACCCAGAUCAAAGCAGGAUACAGAGCCAUAUGAAGUACUUCUGUAAAGCUUUGCACACACCAAGCCAUGACUUGUGUACGUACUGUAAUCCUAGGAGGACUUAUCAGAGAUGCAAGAAACCUUUCCACUGUAGCAGGACCAAUGAAUAACUCAAACUCUCAAUAUCUCUCAGUGCCUCUUGCUCCUCCUUUCUGGGAACAGCAGGAUGGUGUGAAACAUUUUUCUGCCUUCCACAGAUGCUCCUUUGGGGGGGGUUAUCUAUCUUAAAUUUUGCAAAUCAUCUCUAAGAUCUUUAUUUUCCUGUGGGCCAUACCUGCCUUGAUUCCUCCUGUUAUUUUGCCCUUCAUCAGAACCUGCUCAUCUAUUACUGCACUCAGAAUUUCAGCUGAGAGGGGUAGCAUGACUCCCAGCAUCAAGAAAAUACUGGACAGCCACGAGAGCUGCCUCCCAGUCAUCCCAGUAAGCUCAAAGCAUCAUGGUACCUUCCUCCCACCAGUAUCUGCUGAGCAAUGCCCAGAUUUGAACUCAAAUCGUGCUGUCUGCAAAAAUAAACAAACCUUUUCCAACCUA